AUGGAGAAGUACGAGAAGAUCGGGAAGAUCGGAGAGGGAUCCUACGGCGUCGUCUUCAAGUGCAGAAACAGAGACACGGGUCAGAUCGUCGCCAUCAAGAAGUUUGUCGAGUCCGAGGACGACCCCAUCAUCAAGAAGAUCGCGCUGAGGGAGAUCAGGAUGCUCAAGCAACUGAAACACGCCAACCUGGUGAAUCUGAUCGAGGUGUUUCGGCGCAAACGGAAGCUUCACCUGGUGUUCGAGUACUGCGACCACACCGUCCUCAACGAGCUGGACCGCCAUCCCAGAGGCGUCCCGGAGCAUCUCGUUAAAAGCAUCACCUGGCAGACGCUCCAAGCCGUCAACUUCUGCCACAAACAAAACUGCAUCCACAGAGACGUCAAGCCGGAGAACAUCCUCAUCACCAAACACCAGGUCAUCAAGCUGUGUGACUUCGGGUUCGCCAGGAUUCUCACCGGACCGUGCGACUACUACACGGACUACGUGGCGACUCGCUGGUAUCGAGCCCCCGAGCUGCUGGUGGGCGACACUCAGUACGGCCCCCCGGUGGACGUCUGGGCCGUCGGCUGCGUGUUCGCUGAGCUGCUGUCGGGGAUUCCUCUGUGGCCCGGCAAGUCCGACAUGGACCAGCUGUACCUGAUCAGAAAGACUCUCGGAGAUCUGAUCCCUCGACACCAGCAGGUCUUCAGCAACAACCAGUUCUUCUGCGGCGUUUCCAUCCCGGAGCCACAAGAGAUGGAACCUUUGGAGCAGAAAUAUCCAAACCUGUCGCAUCAAGCUCUGAGCCUCAUGAAGGGUUGCCUGAGGAUGGACCCGUCUGAGCGCCUGUCCUGCGAGCAGCUCCUCCAGCAUCCUUACUUCGACAGUCUGAGAGAAAAGAGCGAGAGCACCUCCAGAGAGCAGGACCGGUCCGGAAACAAGAGGACGCGUUUACCUCGCAGACACCUUCUUAUUCUUCUUUUUUCCACUCUGCAGUAUUUGCCACAGCUGACCAGCAGCAGCAUCUUUCCAGCUCUGGACAACAAGAAAUACUACAACAACCUGCGCAAGUUCAACUACCACCUACCGAACAUCUAAACCCUCUGAGCUCAGUCUACCACCAGCAGACGUCUGCUUCCUUCUGAGCCGCUCAGGAGCCGAAGCUGCUCACAAACAAAGGAUUCAACCACUUGUUAAAACGUUUGUCUCUCCAUAUUGAUGUCAGUCUAUGCACUAUUCCCGGCGCGUCCCUUCAGACCCGCUGGUUUGUUGCCUGCGUUUCAAGCUGAUCUUGUGUAGAUGUGUGAGACAAGGAGCGACUCGCUGCUCCGCUUGUAGUCGCCGACUAGACGGAAGGUCCAACUACUGCCUUUGCCAAAUGUAUUUUUAUAUCACGAUGGACUCUGCGAGAGUGACACGUUUUUGAUAGUAGAGUUUAAUUCAUGUCGUUCGUUUAGUAAGUUAUAACGUAGGACGCAAAGACUCACGAGCAUUUUUUUUCUGGAAGUCAUAUUUAUUGACGUCGGGAGUGAAUACGGUUGUAAACAUUCCUUUAAACCACCUUCACAACACGUAUCAGCGGCAUCGUCGUCUCUGGAACUCUGGUGCUAAGGAUGUUUUCAGCCAUCUGUCUGUCCUCAGAUACUUUAUGACAAAUGCCAAAAUAAUCUAUAAAGACAGGAUUUAAAUGACUCUUAAACUGCUUUCUCUGUGUACACACAUGUGGAGUAACCUUUAAUAAACGACAGAAUAUCAAAAAUAAAUGGUGUCAGCGGCAUAAAGUGCUUUCAGGUCCCUCUUCCUCUGGUGAAAAUGACCCUUUUAACCUUGUUUACACAUCUAUGUAGUGUUUUUUUUAUAUGCUAGAAAUCAUAAAUAAGCACUAAUUUCCACCCAUGCACCCAGAGUCAUCUCAAAAACACAGAUUCAGACUUCUCCGGUUUCAUACGUAACAAACCUGAUGAGCCAAUCCUGUGAGGGCAGGGACUUCCUGUAUCAUUCUUAUUUUUUGGAAUUAAUUUUCUUGCCAAAAACAUGACCCUGCUGCUUGUUAAGGCUUCUAAAUAUAUUAUUUUAUAGGCUACACUCUUUAAAAGAAACUCAUAAUGAAUGAAAUCAAGUUAUUUUGCUGCAUCAGUGACAUUUCAGCUGAAAUGUAACUUUUUGUGAAAUAGGAAACUGCGUUAUUUAGGUUGAAUUAGUCCUUUAAAGUCAAUUUAACUAGUAAAAAGAGCUGGAAUGGAUAUAAUCUGAGCAGGUAAAACAUUAGGAGGAUUGCAAAAGAGAUGAUUUCUUCAUUUUAUAUGUGAACCCCCAGCCGGGAAUCUUCCUAAUUAGUCUUGUUUCCAGAUACAAACAAGGAUGUUAGACAUACCAAACACAACCAACCAUGUAAAAGUCUUGCCUGAUUACUCUACAAACUGAUUUUUUUUUUGUCACACUCAUUCAGUUUCCAGGACGUUUUUAACAAAGACAUACUUUUAGUAUCACCACAGAGGGAUUUAAAGUUCUGUUUUUUGAACAUUAUGACAUUAUGACUCUAAAUAAAACUGGCUGCAUCAGUUUUCAGGAAGACACUGGUUUGCAGCAAAUUACUCCAAAAUUCCAAGUUGUAAUGUGCAGUAGUUUUUGCAGUGUUUUCAGCAGAGUUGUGGGUGAGCUGGUGUGCUCGACUUGCAAAGGGAUUGGUGUAGAGUUACAUGUAAGUCAUUUUAACGUCUGGAGGGAUUAUUUUAAUGAAAAAAAAACUUCUAAAUAUGUCAUUUUGAUGCACAGAGAUGAGUUUUUCGAGGUUUAAUUGAUGACCGGAGAGCAGAAAUGAGACAUCAGCUUUGCCCUGCACUCUUUCAUU